UUUAUUUUCCCUGUUAGUUUUCAUGUGUUGUGUGGUGUCAUAGUGCGUGUGUUGUUUUGGACUCUUACCAUUUCAUUGCAUCAUCCAUAACACAAAAAGCCUCUCCUUUCUCUCUUACCUUUCCUCUCUUAUCUCUGUAUCCAUGUCGGCCAUCAUCUCUUUCCUUUGAAUUUUUGAAUCCCCUCAAAGAUUCUCUUUUGUAAAUUCUCCUUUUUUCUCUUCUUCUUUUUACAUCUUACAAUUUUCUUCUUAUAUUCUUAUAUAUUAUGAUAUAUUCUCAAGUUUGAAGAAGAUCUUGUUGCACAGAAUAAAGAUUGUUGUGUUGUUAGUAGCUAGUUUUUUUUUUUUUUUUUUUUUUUUUUACUUUUGAAUUUUCUUUUCUAGAGACAGGACAGUGAUUAAGACUGUUAUGUCCUGGAUCUUGAACUGUGUUAUUUUUUUGAACUGUUUCAUGUUUUUGCAAUAAUAAUUCAAUUGUAAAUUUAUCAUUUUCUCACCAACCCUUUCUUCAAAUUCUCUGUUUCAAGUAUCCUCUGUUUAGAAACAGAACAGAAAAAAAAAAAUUGGUGGGUAUGAAUUAUUUUCAUGAAAUUUCAAUUUUUGAUAAACAUGGCCAUUCUGAUUCAUUGAAAACUACCCUUUGACAUCUUCAAUUGUAAAACACAUUAGGGUUUUCAUGUUGUCAAAUUUUUGGAGACAGAGAAGUUAAUUGACACCAAAAUUGAAGGGAAAAAAAAACUUUUUUUGAUAUCUGAAUUUGUCUGUCAGAAAAAUUAAGAAUCUCAAGUGAAGCUGUGUGUAACUGGGACUUUUUUUCUGAAUUUUGUGGACACGUGGCACACAAUUUUCUUCUGGUUCUAGCGGUUGCUGUGAUCAUUCAUAUUAUAUAUGACUUUUCAGUGAAAGUUUUUUGAGAUGAAUACAUUAAUGGAUUCAAGGGAAAAUAACAACUCAGAAUCAGUGGAAAGGUAUUUAGAUCCUCAACUAUGGCAUGCUUGUGCAGGUGGAAUGGUUCAAAUGCCAACAAUUAACAGUAAAGUCUAUUACUUUCCUCAAGGUCAUGCUGAACAUGCAUGUGGACAUGUUAAUUUCAGAAAUUGUCCAAAGGUUCCACCUUUGAUUCCAUGCAAAGUUGUUUCUAUCAAGUAUAUGGCUGAUCUUGAAUCAGAUGAGGUUUAUGCUAAGCUUAAGCUUGUUCCUUUGAGUGGAUGUGGAAAUGAUGAUGCUUUUGAUUAUGAAAAUGAUAGUGUUGUUGCUGGAGGGAUUAGUAAUGGUUCUGAUAAUCAAGAUAAGGUUCUUUCAUUUGCAAAGACUUUGACUCAAUCUGAUGCUAACAAUGGUGGAGGGUUUUCUGUUCCUAGGUAUUGUGCCGAGACGAUUUUCCCUCGUUUGGACUAUGCAGCCGACCCGCCUCUCCAGAACAUUUUGGCGAAAGAUGUUCAUGGAGAGACGUGGAAAUUUAGGCAUAUUUAUAGGGGGACGCCGAGACGGCAUCUUUUGACUACUGGUUGGAGUACUUUUGUUAAUCAUAAGAAGCUUCUUGCUGGCGACUCCAUUGUUUUUUUGAGAGCGGAAAAUGGUGAUCUUUGUGUUGGGAUUCGACGAGCGAAGAAGGGUAUAGGUGGUGGACAUGAGGAUCCAUCAGGGUGGAAUCCUGCAGGAGAAAAUUAUCCUUUUCCUUGGUUUACACAGAAUGAGAAUAAAAUGAUGAGAAACAUUAACAAUAACAAUAGCAAUGGUUUGAACUCAAGUGCGAAUAUGACCGGGAGGACGAAAGUUAGGCCAGAAUCGGUUCUUGAAGCUGUAACUCUAGCUGCUAAUAAGCAACCUUUUGAGGUUGUUUAUUACCCUCGCGCAAGCACGCCUGAGUUUUGUGUAAAAGCACCCUUAGUAGAAGCGGCAAUGCAGAUUAGAUGGUGUUCCGGAAUAAGAUUCAAGAUGGCCUUCGAAACCGAGGACUCAUCUCGAAUAAGUUGGUUUAUGGGAAUUGUUUCUGCAGUUCAGUUUGUUGAUCCACUUCUUUGGCCUAAUUCACCUUGGAGGCUUCUCCAGGUUAAAUGGGAUGAACCAGAUUUACUACAAAAUGUGCGAAGGGUGAAUCCAUGGUUGGUUGAAUUAGUAGCAAAUAUUCCUUCCAUAAACCUUUCACCUUUCUCACAGCCAAGGAAGAAAUUGAGAUUGUCACAGCAUCCCGAUUUCCCCCUCGACGGCCAGAUUUCGAUGCCACCAACAUUUCCUAGUAACCUUCUAGAUCCUAACAACCUAUUCGGCCGUCUACCCGAAAGUACACCUGCUGGCAUGCAGGGAGCCAGGCAUGCUCAUUAUGGUCGUCCGAUAUCGGAUUUCCACCUCAGUAAAGUUCAGUCAGGUCUAUUUUCUGCUGGUUUCCUGCCUUUUGAUCAUGCUGCUACACCGCAUAGUGUCUCUAAUAACCUAAUGUUGCAAAAGUCGAGCGUGAGUGAGAAUGUCUCUUGUUUAUUAUCUAUGGCAAGUUCUAACCAGUCUUCGACAAAAUUUAACGAUGAAAAGAAACCUCAGCUUGUGCUUUUCGGCCAGAAAAUUCUCACCGAGCAACAGAUCUCUCUAAGCACCUCUGGCGAUACCGAUACAGUCUCACCGGUUCUUACUCGAAAUCAUUUACCAGAUGGAAAUGCUGAAAAAAUGAGUAAUAUUUCUCAGAGUUACCAAUGGUACAAAGAUAACCGGCGAGAAACCGAGGCGAGUUUGGAGACUGAUCACUGUAAAGUUUUUAUGGAAUCGGAAGAUGUAGGUCGGACAAUCGACCUCUCUUCGCUCGGAUCUUAUGAUGAGCUAUACAGAAAACUGGCAGACAUGUUUGGUAUAGAAAAACAUGAGAAGGUAAAUCGCGUGCUCUAUCGCGAUAUAUCAGGAGCGGUGAAACACAUUGGAGAUGAACCAUUCAGUAACUUCACGAGAACGGCGAGGAGGUUGACGAUUCGAAUGGAUUCUAGUAGCCACAAUGGUGCCAAAUAAACCAUUCUUUUAAUUUGUACAGCUUGUUCAUGAAAUCCUUUUGAUUUAGAAGAUGACAGAGUGAUCUAAUGUUUGGAUUUUGAAAUUUUUAAUGUAGUGAUCAUAACUCAAGAGUUUAAUUGUUUUAUUUAAUUAACAUAAUAUUGCAUUCUUGAUUUCUCCUUUCAA